AUGCCGUCAUCCAGAGAGAGUCUCGGACGUCUUCGGGCGCGGCCGCUACAUGUUCACCGUCAGCUGGGCACUAAGGGCGAUCGAUCGCAUUGCGGCCUGGUCGCCGGCUGUGUUUGUCGUGCGUCUGUGCGUGUGUGUGCUGUUGUCUGUCUGCUGCACAUCAUCCGCAAAUCGUCGCGCAUCGUGCUCGAGCUGCUUCCGUACGGAUUUCAGCAGAUGAAACUGUCGUCAAUCCGUUCGUCAACAAUCUCAUCCGAAAUCGUCGACGACGUCAACGAUACCCUUGAGGAAAUCGAGGACGCACGAGCUCCACUUCUCGUCAACACCAAAGAAAAACCACUGCGUUCCGUCGAUCAGUUCGUCAACAAUGCCAUCUGA